AGGGGCCAGCUACUCUCUCUCCCCCUCACAUCACAACCACCGCCACCGCCACCACCCCCAAUUUCCACAUUCCCUCCUCCCAAACCCUAAUUUAUCACCUUCAAUGGCCACUCCUCCCUCCCCUCCCGCCACCACCGUCACCGCCAUCAGGAAGCCCCAGCCUAUCCCCUGGACCCACGAAGAAACCGUCCACCUCAUCCAGGCCUACCAGGACAAAUGGUACGAGCUCCGCCGCGGCCAGCUCAAGGCCUCCCAGUGGGAGGAGGUCGCCGUCACCGUCGCCGCUCGCUGCGGCUACGACUACACCGAGCCCUCCAAGACCUCCACCCAGUGCCGCCACAAGAUGGAGAAGCUCCGCCAGCGCCACCGCUCCGUCAAGAAGCGCCUCGGCCUCAGCUUCGGGUCGGGCUGGCCCUACUUCGACCUCAUGGAGCGCCUCGAACAGGGCCCCAUGCCCAUCUCCGCCCGCCGCCCCUGUCAUGAAUCCGAUGAAGAAGACGAUGCAGAAGAAGCGGAGGAGGAUCGCGGCGGCCAAGAACAAGAAGAAGUCGACGAGGACGAAGAAGACAACUACCGGAAGCUGCAGAGUCUCGAUUACAUUUUAAGGCGACCGGCCAUUGUGAACAGGUUCUCCGGCGGAGCAAGAGUGGGACCAAUUCGGAGCUCGGCGGCGGGCGCGAAAAGAGCGAGGGAGGCGGCCGGCGAUGACGGGUACUACGGCGAUGUGGUGGACGGGCAGAGAGGGACAGAGGUGGUGGCGGAGCUGGCGACGGAGAUAAGGGCAUUUGCAAAGAGGCUGAUUGGGGUGGAGAAUAUGAGGAUGGAGAUAAUGAGGGAGAUGGAGCGGUGCAGAUUAGAGAUGGAGAAUAAGCGAAUGGAUAUGAUUCUGCAAUCGCAGCGCAAAAUCGUGGAUUCAAUCGACAGGGCUUUCGGGCUUUGAUUGUCAUCAUGCUGGAUUGUUUCUAGGUGGUUCUUGUUGCUGUUGUACAGUAGCCAGGUUGUUGUGUUUGUUUUUCAGUACUAGUGUUUAGAGUUCAUUUCUCCACCAAGAUAGUUUCAUGCUUGGGUCAGGAAUCCCCUCUUGGGUUUGAAAUAAAGCAUCUUACUUUGAUUCUUUCUGUUUUCUUAGGAUUUGUUUCUUCUUCUGCAUUAUAGUACCUUGAGUCCUUGACUGAUUAUGGACCUUUGGUUGUUGCAUCUCUCUCCUCCAAUCCCCUUGCCAUGUUUCCUGUUUGAGAAACAAGAAAGUUCAUUGGUCAAUUUUUUUUACUACUACCAGACUACUUGUUCUGGAUGGUGUUAAAUUUACUGAAUUUACUGUC